AUGGCAUAUUAUGACUCAAAUCAACUUACGUGGAAUGAUCAGCAUACUAUUAAUGAAGAACAACAAUAUUGUUAUUGUAAAGGUGAUAGGAAUUUGAGUGAAGUGUCGUUACAAUGUUCGGGUUGUUUUAAUUGGUUUCAUGAAAAAUGUAUUAAAAUUUCUGUUGAUACGACUCUUCCAAUAUUUACUAAUUAUAAAUUUGUUUGUAAAUGGUGUAAUGGAACAGAUACCGAGAAUUUCAAGCGAACACAAGCUGGCUGGAAAGAGAUUGGCGGAUGUGCAAUAGCUAACCUUAUGUUACAACAACAUAUGUCAGAACACCGAGCAGCAAGAGGAGAUUGUCGUUAUAAUUCAUCAUUUUCUAAAAAGUUAUCACAAUUUAAUUAUUACUUUAAUAAAAAUGAUCAUUUAAGACCUUUUGUUGAUAAGAAUUGGUCAUCUUUAUGUACUGAACGUUCAAGAACUGCUACAUGGUGGGCUACUUUAGGUUCAUGUUUAUAUUCCACAAAAGAUAUUUUUGUUGCCAAAGAUGAAAAUAAUAGAUCCGCAAGUUCAAAUUUUUGUCUUAUGGAUCCAAAUUUAUGGAAUAUAAAACCAGGUUGUUUUGGAUCAACACAUUCAAGGAUUCCAUCUCGUGCUGUAAAAGAAACUAUUAAUAAUCGUAAUUUACCACGUUCAUCUUCAACAGAAUUUGGGCAAUCGGGAGAACAAAAUAAUCUUCGAAAUGGGUUUAAAUAUUUACCUUGUAAAUCAGAUAAAUUAUUUUCUUAUACACAAUAUCGAAACUCUGAAUUGAGACCAUAUGGAGUGCGACUUUCUAAAGAAGAUGCAAGUCUUUCAGUAUGGAUUAGUGGUGAUCAAUUAACUACCACAACUGAUCAUGGAUUUUCAAUGGCAAGAGCCAACUGUCCCGUAAAAGAAGGAAAGUGGUUUUACGAAGUUUUUAUAGAUCGUGGAGGUGAAGGAAAAGUUGAUGGCAAAGAUGGUGCACACGUGAGAGUUGGGUGGGCACGUAGAGAAGGCAAUAGGAAUUCUCCAGUUGGAUCUGAUGGAUAUAGUUAUGGAAUAAGAGAUCUUACAGGACAGAAGGUUCAUAUGUCACAUGUAAAAAAAUUUGGGGAACCUUUUAAAACAGGUGAUGUUAUUGGUAUUUAUAUAUCAUUACCACCUUUGAAAAAAGUUAGUAAAGGUUAUAAAUAUAAAGCACCCAAAAGACAAAGAAUUCCUAUUUUAUUUAAGGGGGAAACGAUAUUUGAAUAUAAAGAUUUCAAGCCAACUCAGCCAGAAUUGCCAACAUUACCAGGAUCAAAGAUAAUAGUCUAUAAAAAUGGAAUAUGUCAAGGAAUAGCAUUUGAAAAUUUAUUUUCAUUUUUUCCUAUAAUUGAUAAAUAUACGGCAGAUGAUGAUUUGAUUGAAGAUGACGGAUCGUUGGGGUAUUACCCAGCAGUUUCAAUGUUUAGAGAAAAAUUAAUAUCAUCAAAGAAAAAAAUUGAAAUAUGCAAAUGGAAACCGAUGUCAGAAAGAUACAUGGAAUAUGUUGCAGAAGAUGUAGUUUACGAUAUUGUAGAUGAAAUAGAAUUAUGGGAUUGGAUGAGAGGACAAAAUAAAAACAAGGCUUCAAUGGUCAAUAAAAGACCCUAUUCAGCAAUAUUAGCUAACAAUAAUAAUAAUUCACAGGAAUUUUCUGAUGGAAAUUCGAAAAAAUUUAAACAGGAAAAACAAGAACCAAAGAUAGAAGAAGAAUAUGAUGACUCAAAAUAUUUAGCGCAAGAUUGGGAUUUAUUUAUUUAA